GUUGUCAUACCAACCAUCAUUAUAAUGUUAAAUUGAGAAAUUCACGCACAUACCAAGCACCGAAUGCGAUUUUAAAUUUGUUAUUGUUUCAUGUCCGUAAUUUUCAGUAGUAACGUUUGAAUGUUAGAAAAAUGGAUAGUGUUUGUUGUCGUUUAUGUGGCUACAAUUCGCCUGACCUCAUCGACAUCUUCGAUGAGCAAGGCACCAACGCAGAAUAUGCUCGGAAAAUCGGUCGCUAUCUUUACCUCCUGGUGACGCUACACGAUGAUCUCUCGAAAUCGAUCUGCUGGAUGUGUUCGCAACAGCUGGAUUCGUUUCACCGGUUCCACGAAAAGAUCAAUGAAAUCCAGCAGCGGCUUCUGCAGGAUCGCUACCUCGAGUAUGUGAUCGAAGCGCAUCAUGUGGAGGGCGAGAUUGAAAUCGUUGAAACGAUAGAAGACGUGGAAAUGGAAAAGGAAGACUUCCCGUUGGAAUCGGAUACGUCCGUUAGACAUCAGGAAGAAACCGUUGAAGUUCAGGUAAUCGAAUCUCAAUCUCAACUGGAGAAUGAAAAGCAUGAAGUCGACAAUGAGCUAACAGUGCAUUUGAUACCGGAUGUUGAUCAAGAAGAUUCUUUCUUGGUGGUUAAAUCCGAAGCGGAAACAAAUGUACCGAAGCAGGCAGUAUUGGAACAACCACCACUAUUCAGUGUGGAUAGUUCUAUCUCAGAUGUGCAGAUAUAUGAAAUACGUAGGAAACUUGAUGUUUCGGAAGACGAAAUCAGGACAGAGGAAGAAGAUGAUAUUGUACUGGAAGAAAAGAUGCCUCUGAGAAGAAGUCGUAGGGCUCGAGAUGAGAAAUCGCAAUCUAAAAAGAAUGCACAUUCUGAUAUUGAGCUAACGAUAGAAGAAGAAAAUAUAAACAGACAGAAUGAAAGUCCAAUAAGAAAGUCACAGUCUGAUGUGAUAUUGGUCCAUUUGGAUAGAGAAGACGAGGACCUAAUGCCGAAACGAAAGACACCUCUGAGAAAAAGCCGCAGAGUAAAAGAAUCGAAUCUCAAAAAGGAUGUGAAUCCAAAUACUGAUCUAUCGUUAGAAAAGGCCAAUGUGCGCCAGAAAAAACUAAGACCAAUAAAAAAGUCACAGUCUGGUGUAAUAUCUAACCACUUGGAUCGAGAAUGCGAAGAGCACAGCGAAGGUGAAAGUGGGGAUGAUUUCCCCGCUCGGGAUUCAGAUAAUGAAGAAUGGCCUGCCGCAGAUUCCAUGGAAAAGUUUCCAACCACGUUGCUCAGAGAUGGACUUUUGCUGGUGAAGGGUAGAUUACUGAUGAGCAUGAUCAACCAGUUUUACAAUUUACAAUGUGACAUGUGCAAUGAAAAGCCGGUUAGGUUCAAAACGCUUUCCGAGAUGUUUUCGCAUUACGAAUUGAGCCAUGGUCAAGCAGGAUACAUCACCUGUUGUCAAACAAAGAUUCAUCGUUAUCCUGGAAUAAUUAUGCAUAUGGCACGACAUAUUCAACCUGAAGCAUUCAAAUGUGACAUCUGCGGAUAUAUGGUUACCCGGCCUAGGUUUUUAUCAUCUCACCGACAGACCCAUCUGCCUGAUGAUGAAAAACCAUUUGCUUGUGAACAAUGUCCGAAGAGGUUCUGUUGGAAACGGGCACUGCAAAUUCAUGAGAAUUCUCACAAAUCUCCAGACGAGAGAGUCGUAUAUGUUUGCCCAGUGUGUGAAAAACCAUACGACACUCCAGGAGGACUUUCGUCUCAUAAACGGAAAGCGCAUCUAACGCCUUCUGUCGCCAAGGUCCCACACGUAUGCGAAAUUUGUGCGAACAAUUUUGCCACUGCUUCCGGAUUGAAGGAACAUAUGAACACUAUUCAUCAACCGCGAGAAAAGGGACUCCUCCAAUGUACGGAGUGUUCCAAAUGGCUGAUGAACCAACGUUGUUUGAAAAUCCACAUGCAACUGCAUCGAAAGGAAGAUUUCACUUGCGACUCGUGCGAUUACAGAACGAAAAAAGCUUCGCUUCUGAAGCGCCACAAUAUCACACGUCAUCAGAAAGAGCGACCGUUUGCGUGCGAUCAGUGUGAUAAGACGUUCAAGCAUAAACGCCUUCUAACCGUCCACAAGAGCACCAAGCACACGGAAAAUACACCUGGUUUCAAAUGCCCUUUCUGCGAUCGAAGUUUCAAAAGUUCGACAAACUUUUACACCCACCGAAAGAACCGCCAUCCGAACGAACUGGCAGCCAUGAAAGAACAGGCGGAAGCGGAGAAGAAACUGCAACGCAUCAAAGCCGGCAUCGAACCGGACGAUAUUCCGCUGGCGGAGGAAUCCACGAUAACAACCGCUCCCGAUGGAACGCGAAUCAUCACCAUUAACAGUCGGAAUAGCAAUUUGCAUGAUUCCAUGAAUGGCAUGAUUGUGUUGGAUAUUACCGAAGGAGUGAUUGGGGUUCAGAGUAAUAAAUAAAGAUAGUGUCGUCCAGUUCAAAAGAA